AUGGCGGACAAGCCGAGCCGCGCGCUGGUCCUCUACGCCGCCGGCCACGCCGCGGUGCUCGCUCCCCCGCCGGGCUCCGCAGCCGCGGGGAGCCACCUCGAUGCGUUCGCCUCUCGCGCCUCCUGCGGCCUUCUCACCCUCCGCUCCCCGCCGGCUUCCCAUCCCACGACCGGAACCGACGAUAAUAGUAGCACGAUUCUGGAACUGGCGCAGCUGCUCGACGUUUACGAUCAUCUCUACCCCGGAAAGAAUGCGGAAAGUGGUCAAGAAGUUGCCCAAGUGGAUCCACAGGAGGUAGUGGUUCCCAAGCUGUCUGAGAGGUAUAUGGGCCUGAGAGCUGCCUUGGUCACCAGUUGCCCCCGUGUUAGCUCCUUUGCGGUGAAUCUUGGUUUCCAAGUUUUUCAGACCAAUGAUUUCGCCCCACAAUCUGGCUCGUCCGGCGUUACCAAAGAGGUUGGAUUAAUCAACCGAGCAUUUGAUCUGCUAGGAUUCUCGGAUGGGAAUGUGCAGGAAACAUCUGAAUUCGAUCUAGUUUUCAUGCAUGUUGCCAUGGAGAACACAAGCAGCAAGUUAGGGAAAUUAGGAAUGAAGACAGAUCUCAAUCGGCUGGAGAAAUUAGUUGGUGCAGUCAUGGAAUCUGCGCCUGUUGGUUCAGCUAUUGCUUCACGUAUUCAUGUAUCUGUGAUUUUGAGCUAUGGGUCUGCUUCUGGAAAUAAGGAUGAGUUUUCUCUAUUAAUCUCUUCGACCAAAACAGAUUCAGACUUGAAUCUACUGCGCCCACGCCAGAGCUACACAGUGAAAGCAGGACAUACAUUAGAUGAUGUCAGACUUCAUCAUCCAAUUCUACUGGCACAGUGGCAGGAAGGAGUUACACGUGUUGAUUUGGCUAAAGGGUUUUCUUUUGAGGAGUUUAUGAAGCGUGGUGGAAACCUUGCUAUGCUUGCUGAGCGCUUCCUACAUGAGGUGGCAUUUAAGCUCUGGAAAGCACCUAAAUAUGGGGCUUGA